ACCCCCAUUUGAAGGCCACAUUGGUUGCGUCCACAUUGGCGCGAAACCUCUCGGUCGCCAAUGUCUUGGGUUACACAAGCGCACGCUGUCUCGGUCUGAGCUUGUGUUCACGUGCUGCUGCUGAUAGUUAUCUAAAUUGAUCUGUUUCUUUAACGAGCAAAAAAAGAGAAAACAUUUGGUUUUAUUCAACUUAGGAUUUAUUUUAGUUUGGGGAGUGUAUUCCACUUUUUUGUUGCUUGUUUCUUGAUGUUAACUUAAGGUUAGCAAUAACCUAGGAACAAAAGUUUAUUUUUUUCAGGAGGUUAUACAACUUUGUGCAAUAUAGAGAAAAAGUAAACAAACAAACAAAAACUAAAGAGCCGUGUGUUUUGCGUAUCGACACAGCUGACACGACCAGAGCUGAUUUCCUUGAGUCCGGACACAGCAGCUGAAAUGAGUGUGAGCGUUAAAGAUGAGGCACGUAGUGUGUCUCCCCUUUGUCCCAAGCACAAUGAAUGUGAGGAGCCAGAAGGCGCUGCAAUGGAGGUUUCUUCUGCAGUUCAAGGUCCACUUGAGGAGGUUGUUAUAACAAAGGAAAUGGCAGAGAUGGAAAGGAAUUUAAAGGAAGAAGGGGAAAGAAAGGAGAGAGAGAUGAUUGAAAAGGCGAGACAGUCAUGGGAAAAAGACACUCAAGAAAUGCGUUUUAAGAGGCUACAGCACCUUUUGGAGAAAAGCAACAUAUACUCCAAAUUUCUGCUUACGAAAAUGGAGCAGCAGCAGCAAGAGGAAAAAAUAAGGAAGGAGAGACUGGAAAAGAAAGCAGUGAUGCAGAAGGCCAAUGGCAAGAAGACAGAAAAAGUUGGGAGGAAGAAGAGAGAAAGGGAGGAAGAUUAUAAAAUUGCUGAUGUUAUAUCCAAAGAGGAAAUUUUGUCAAAAGCCAAAAAACGAAAAGUGGAUGAGGAGGCUCAAAGCCAAAAGAAACUCGAGGCAGAGGAUAUAGAAAAACUAAGUGACUCUAACUCGGAUAUAAAAGGGCGACUGUCUGAAGUUGUGCGGGAAAAUGCCAAGGAGCUGCUGGACCCAGAAAGGAAAGUGAACGGGCAGCCUGUGCCUGCGCAGCAACCCAAACUCUUCACUGGUGGUGUGAUGAGGUGGUACCAGGUGGAGGGCAUUGAAUGGCUAAGGAUGCUGUGGGAGAAUGGAAUAAAUGGUAUCCUGGCUGAUGAGAUGGGACUGGGAAAGACCAUACAGUGCAUUGCUCAUAUUGCAAUGAUGAUCGAGAAGAAAGUCCUGGGACCAUUCUUGGUUGUAGCUCCUCUGUCCACUCUGCCUAACUGGAUUAGUGAGUUUAGGCGCUUCACUCCAGAGAUGUCUAUAAUGCUUUACCAUGGCUCACAGAAAGAAAGAAUGGACCUCGUCAAGAAAAUCCGCAAGCCUCAGGGUUCCCUGCAUAUGUGCCCUGUUGUUGUGACUUCAUUUGAAAUUGCCAUGAUUGACAGGAAGUAUCUUCAGCGUUUCCACUGGAAAUACCUGAUUGUGGAUGAGGGUCACAGGAUAAAGAACUUGAACUGUCGUUUAGUGCAAGAGCUGAAAAUGCUUCCAACUGACAACAAACUGUUGCUGACAGGAACUCCUUUGCAGAAUAAUCUUUCUGAGCUAUGGUCUCUGCUUAACUUCCUUCUCCCUGACGUCUUUGAUGACUUAAAGAGUUUUGAGUCAUGGUUUGACAUCAGCACCAUCACCUCAGAUGUUGAGACUCUUGUAACUAAUGAACGAGAACAAAACAUCCUUAAUAUGCUUCACCAGAUUCUCACACCCUUUCUCCUGAGACGACUGAAGUCAGAUGUGACUUUGGAGGUUCCGCCAAAGAAAGAGAUUGUGGUAUAUGCUCCAAUGACAGCCAAGCAGGAUACCUUUUACAGGGCUAUUGUUGACAAAACCAUUGCAAAGGUGCUGGGUCAGGAUAAGGGGGAGACUACAGCAGUACAGCGGCCAUCCACUGGGCGCCCUAAACGCAAGUCUCGGAAGGUGGUGGAUUAUUCUGAAAGCAAUGAAUCUCCAAAUGACCUAGAAAAAUACAUCGAAAAAGUUCAGAAGGAGAUGGAAAGUCAGAAGGAUUUUGCUCCUCUGGUAGACAUUCAAAUGCCUGUUGAUGCCCAGAUCAACCUGAAGCUACAGAACAUACUAAUGCUUUUGAAGCGAUGCUGCAAUCAUCCAUAUCUCAUCGAAUAUCCUCUUGUCCCUGGAACCGAGGAGUUUAAAAUUGAUGAGCAGCUGGUGGAGACAUCAGGGAAGUUCUUAAUUCUUGACCGAAUGCUCCCCGAAUUGAAAAAAAGAGGACAUAAGGUCCUAAUUUUCAGCCAGAUGACCUCCAUUUUGGACAUCCUGAUGGACUACUGUUACCUCCGGGGAUAUGAGUACAGCCGACUAGAUGGGAGCAUGAGAUAUGCCGACCGAGAAGAGAAUAUGAAGAAGUUCUCCUCAGAUCCAGAGGUAUUCCUCUUCCUUUUGAGCACACGAGCUGGUGGACUUGGGAUCAACCUUACAGCUGCAGAUACAGUCAUCAUAUUUGACAGUGACUGGAACCCUCAGGCAGACUUGCAGGCUCAGGAUCGGUGUCACCGUAUUGGACAAACCAAGCCUGUGGUGGUGUACCGUCUCAUCACAGUAAACACUAUUGAUGAGAAGAUCCUGGAAAGGGCAUCUGCUAAGAGGAAACUAGAGAAGAUGGUGAUUCAUAAAAAGAAGUUUAAAGGGGGAAAAGCUGAUCUAAAGCAGUCCAAAAGCUGUCUGGAUAUGAAUGAACUGAUUGACCUGCUGAAGUCCAGCGAUUAUGACAGGGCAGUGAAGAGCACUAAAGGCAAGGUCAUCAGUGACAAAGACCUGGAGAUUUUGCUUGACCGCAGUGACCUGUUGGAUCGAGCCAAAAAGAGUGUUCAACAAGAGGAUGGAGUGUUCAGGGUGGUUGAGACUAAAGAAGAGGAUGCAGAGAUUUGUCUGUCAUAAAUGUGACAAAGUGGAUUGCACUAUUCAAGCAAACUGUGGUCUCAAUCUGCUGUUUAUACAAACUGUAUAGUCUUUUUCUACAGUUAUUACUCCUUCUAAAUUUUUUCUGAUGUUAUAUUGCUGCUCUAACAAGCUGUCAUAUAAUUGUCAUUUUGAACGACUGUCUGCAACCUCAGAAGACUGGUGGUUUUACCCAGAUUUAGAUUAAGCACUGCUAGUAUGAUGCUCAUCUUUAUAGAAUGCAGUGUAAUUUGCUAAAAUUUUGGAAAAUUUCAAUGGAAAUUUGUAUUAAUGCACCUUAAAUUCUUCUGGGAUGUUGCCGUUGUUUAUGUGAAAGCCAGUUAUUGUGAACCAUUGUCAUCUACCGGUCUGUGUAUCCAUUUCAAUAUUUCCAUAGUGUUGUUAACUCAGAAGCACUUUGAACGUGUUUCAAGUACACCUUAACAUGGACCGUGAUGUUCUGCUUUGAUUUAUUUUUUUCAUGUCUACAAAAUAUAAUAAAUAGUUUUGUACAGCAAAGUCUUUUGGUUAAAGAUUUGCUGGUUCAUUGGAGAUUGUAAGACAAACCUUUUACUGAUUGAGGAUAUGUAAAGUCAUGCAUGUUUGAGUAUGGCAACUGAACUGUCUGCAGAUUCCAGAACAAGAAGAAAAUCAUUCAGAAAAGAAGACAUGCCCCUGUCAGUGCAAACAGUGCAUUAUAUGAUGGUUCCUGAGAUCCAUGUAUCUCAGGGGAAACAGCAUGUACAUAACUUUUGGCAAAAAAAAAUUCUCUUGUACUGGAUGAGUCUACAGACAUACACGCACACAGAGAGAAGGGUUUAUGCUGCUUGGGUGGAAACUUAACCACAAAGUGAAAGCCCAGCACAAUUAAUUCCAUACUGCAACUUUACCUAUUGUUUGUUGCAUUUUUUUUUUUGUUUAUGGACCGAAAUAAAGUUGGUUCUUUUGAAAAAAUAAAUUAACCAAAAGGUUCCUGAUGCCUACUUUAGAAUUUUCUAUAUUUCUGCAUAAAUGAUCUAAAACAUAAUCGGAUUUUCACGCAAGUCCUAAAAGUAGACAGAGAACCCAAUUAAACAAAUGAGAAACAUAUACUUGGACUUUUAUUUAUUGAAGGAAAUUAUCCAAUAUGUGAGUGGCAAAAGUAUGUGAACCGCUAGGAUUAGCAGUUAAUUUGAAGAUGAAAUUGGUGUCAGGUGUUUUCAAUCAAUGCGAUGAAAUUCAGACGCGAGUGAGCACCCUAUUUUAGUUAAAAAACAGAUUUAUCAGUCUGAUCUUCACAACACAGUUGUGGAAGUGCAUCAAGGCAUGAACAAAGGUGAUUUCUGAGGACCUCUGAAAAAGAGUUGAUGCUCAUCAGGCAGGA